UGAUUAAGGGAGACUGUGGAAUUUGCACCAGUGAAUAUGGUGUGGAUGUGUGCUGAAUGGUGAAGUUGACAGUGCUUGUUCCACGUUCAAUGUUAUUCGAAGAUACAUUUGUCGAACUAUUAAGUUGCAUCCACUGCACAACCGUGAUAAUCCCGUUGUAUCGGCCCCCAUGGUGUAAAUGCUUCUUGCAUGUGUUCAAGUUCACGGAAUCACACCCUGACGUCAUCGGCACAAAAUUAAACAGCUGCUAAAAUGUUUUUCAAAAGAGCAAUUUUAGCUGUUUUAUAGAUUCCUUGCUUCCUAGUAAAAUGUUCCGCUGCUUUGUUUUACAUUCUUACAAGUAUGUUAAACCUCCUCAACAAAACCUCACAGUGAAAAGGAUAAAGUUGCAUUUAUCCAAGAAGAGUCGCGUUCGCUGUAAAGCACGUCCUUACGGGAGAAAGUAACACUUUGACAUCGCGACCACACAACCACAAAAGGAUGCAAAAGGUGCAACUGUUCAGGAUUUGACUUAAACUGCUCACUUUUGUUUUCUGAGGCAACAGGAAGAGAAUCACGCUCUGACAUUCCUGGAGAGGUGAAGGAGAGGUAGAGGUCAACUGUGUCCUUCGAAGGGAGUUUCAAAGGAUGAGUCGUUACGUGCAUUUGGGUUUCAAAGAACACGUCUGUAAUUUAAGCUCCUGUCUUUUUAGUACAUGAUAAAGGCAAAGAGAAAGCCUGGAUAUAAGCUAUUAGGUUGGUUUUAAAGCUUGCUUCAAAAAAGUUUGAAGAUUCUCGUUAUUUAGGUUUGGAUUGUGAAGAUAAAUACAAAUGAGUUGAAGUCGGGCUGGAACUUAAAAUUCCUUGUAUAAGUAUCCAGCGCCCGGUUGAGAUAUUCAUAUUCUGUAGUAAACUACUUCAAAACAUAGAGAUAUUCACUUUACUAUCAUAGGAAACAAAGGAAAGCAGCAGAUCAUCAGAUCGAAGAGGGAACUAGUUAGUUUCUUUUUUUCUUAGUUGUGACCUGAGUAUCCUGUGCUUUUUUUGGUUGCGUUUAGAUUUAGCUAUUUUGUUGAACCUUACAUUUACAAUUUGACUUUACUUAUGCCCAUAAUCUAGUUACAUGUUCAUAUUUUGUACAAUGUAACAAAGUUGAGCUGUGCAAUGUUUAACCCUCACUCAGCUAAUGUUGGGCUGAUAAAAACAGAUUUGUGGUGGUAUCGGAUGUCUGUGAUUUAUAUCUUAAAGGCCUGACAGCUAGUCUCGUUAAGACUUGCUGACAUCAUAUUCAGUAAGAGCGGAGGGUUAUGUGAGGCCGAGCCAGAAUGUUGUAGACGUGCGAAGGGAUAAAUAAAGCAUCUUUUGUUCACUCAAGCCAGCAGCCACUAUGUAAUCAUAAAGCCAUAGUUUGCAAACAUCUCUCUGUAACUUGGGGACAUUUUGGGGUGCAAAGAAAAGAGGGACAACCACCAGAUAAACCAAAUCCUGUCUUUAACAGCCACCACCUUCCCCACAUCUCUGAGCUGUCGAUGGGGAAGGAGAAAGAAGAAUGUCAUGUGAAAGCUGUUGUGGAUACGAGGCGGUCGGUGUGGUAAAACGAGCUCUGCCAUCACUGAUGUGCUACUUAAAAGUGCAGUUCCUGUGAGCUGGGGCUCUACCGGUGGUUCUCAUUUAGGAGCAUAUGUUGGAAGUAUGAGGGGAGGGUCAGCGGAGGAGAGACGCCUCACUCCUCCAUACCCUGUGGUGACUGGCUGCUCGGAGGUUAAGGGGGCGGGCUGAGGUUAAGAGGGCUGGGUUGGGGGAAGCAGGAGGAGGAAUGGUUGGUGAGAGAGGCAAGGGAGGGAUGACCAUCUGGUUGAGCUCCUCCAUGUACACGCACGCACACACCCCUCUUAACACUGUCUCCCACGCACUCAGACAGACAUCUCCCUGACUUUUUACAGCCUCAGCUUUGAUAUGGGCUGUUACUGUGCUGACAGCUCGGGUAGAGGAGGCUGACUGCUUCUGUCCUGGAAUCAGAGCUCUGAGGAUCUUGCACAGACAUGGAGCCCGGAGGCUGGUGAGGAAUCUAGGACUGGAUAUAGUGGUGAUCAGAUCCUUUUUUCUGCCCACCUCAGGAGACUUGGCCUACACUGAGUAAAACGAGAGCCUGAUGAGCCUGGCGAGUGCAGCAUUGUCGGCGUCUGGCUUCCCGGGUGGGGCACGCCAGCGAGACUUGAUGAUGGAGCAGAAAGUCAGCAAGCUGACCUCUGGCUUCCAACGCAGCUCCACCUCCGAUGAUGACUCAGGCUGUGCGCUGGAGGAGUACGCCUGGGUACCACCUGGCCUUAGGCCCGAACAGGUCCAGUUAUAUUUCUCCUGUCUGCCUGAGGAUAAGAUUCCCUAUGUCAACAGUCCAGGAGAGAAGUUCAGAAUCAAGCAGCUCCUCUAUCAACUGCCACCACACGAUAAUGAGGUGCGUUACUGCCAUUCCCUCAGCGAGGAGGAGAAGAAGGAGCUACAUAUGUUCAGUGUCCAGAGGAAAAGGGAAGCUCUGGGGAGGGGUACAUUAAAGCUGCUGCCCCGGAAUCUUCUGAACAGCGUUUGUGAGCAUUGCGGUGAAAACAUCAAUGGUGGAGAAAUGGCAGUGUUCGCCUCGAGGGCGGGGCCUGGGCUGUGCUGGCACCCUGCAUGCUUUGCCUGCUCCACAUGUACAGAACUGUUGGUGGAUUUGAUCUACUUCUACCAUGAUGGAAAGAUCCACUGUGGAAGGCACCAUGCUGAGCUCCUAAAACCACGCUGCUCAUCCUGCGAUGAGAUUAUUUUUGCUGAUGAGUGCACAGAGGCAGAGGGGCGCCACUGGCACAUGAAGCACUUCUCCUGUUUUGAAUGUGAGACGAUUCUGGGGGGGCAGCGCUACAUCAUGAAGGAUGGAAGACCGUACUGCUGUGGCUGCUUUGAGUCUCUCUAUGCAGAGUACUGUGAGGCUUGUGGAGAGCACAUUGGCGUUGAUCAUGCCCAAAUGACCUAUGAUGGCCUUCACUGGCAUGCCACUGAGGGCUGCUUCAGCUGUGCCCAGUGUAAGAGCUCUCUCCUGGGCUGCCCCUUUCUGCCACACCAGGGUCAUAUUUACUGCUCCAAGAACUGCAGUCUUGGGGAAGAUGUACAGGCCUCUGACUCCUCCGACUCUGCCUUCCAGUCAGCACGCUCACGUGAAUCCAGACGCAGUGUGCGCAUGGGCAAAAGCAGUCGCUCAGCUGAUCAAUGCAGACAGUCACUCCUCUUUUCACCUUCUGCCAACUAUAAGUUCCCUGGCUUCAGUGGAAAUGCCGAUGACACCCUGACCAACAAGCUGGCCCACAUGAACCUAUCUGAUGAGCAUUUUUGGAGAGGACGUGGUGAGGAGACUGAGGCACCUGAGAACCAAGAGGAGGAGUGGGCUGAGCAUGAAGACUACAUGACUCAGCUGCUAUUAAAGUUUGGAGAGCACGGGGUCUUUCAGCAAGCCAAUGAUUCCAGACCGACAGAUUUCUGGAUGACUGAAAAGGAUGCAAAGGCGAAGCAGGAAUCGUCUACAGCUGGUGGCGGCAGUGGAGGAGGAAGGGGCAGUCUGGCCAGUAAGAAGUACCAGGCUGACAUGUACUGGGCCCAGUCACAGGAUGGGCUAGGGGACUCAGCCUAUGGUAGUCACCCGGGCCCAGCAAGCAGUAGAAAAAUCCAGGAGUUGGAGCUGGAUCAUGGGGCUGGAGGAGGCUUCCAGGGAGAGGAGUCAAGAUGGUACAAUGACUCCUUGGAGUGUAUCACAGAUGAGUUCAAGAAAACAGAUCAAAGUGUCAGAGACUCCAUGGACUCACUGGCUCUCUCAAAUAUAACAGGGGCCUCAGUAGAUGGUGAUAGUAGAGAUAGACCUUUGGUAUAUUCCUUGCAAGGCUUCCAAGAACUGGAAACAGAAGACUGUGACAAAACCAGUAAUAUGGGCACCCUCAACUCUUCUAUGUUACACAGAAGUGCAAAUUCCCUGAAGAGCCUUGUAUUUGAGCAUGAGGAGGUGGAGGAAAUUGUUCCAGAGGAGGAGGUGGCUGCUCGGCCAGUGGACAGUCCCAAACCUCAUGUCCCUGCAAUCAGAAGGACUCGUUCACAGUCUAGGCCUCAACAGGUCAAAUUCUCUGAUGAUGUGGUUGACAAUGGUCAUUAUUGUGAUCUCCCAGUGCGUCAACCCCCCAUGAGUGAACGGACUCGACGGAGAGUGUACCACUUUGAGGAACAGGGCCAGGGACUUCAAUCUGGUCGACACCAUCACCACCACAGGAGUCGCCGCAGUCGCAAGUCGCGCUCUGACAAUGCCCUUAACCUUCUGCCCAAGGAGAGGGCCCAGAUGAGCUACAAAGUGGACCACAGAGGGAACGCCCUUGGCCCCAAGGGUCACCAAGCCAUUCAUGGCCGACCAAGUCCUUCUGCUUUGUCAGACUGUGGGCUACAAGGCCCAGCCAUGGGGAGGUUCUUGGGGCUGUAUGGGGAUGAUGAUGACUGGUGCUCCACAUGCUCAUCUUCUUCUUCUGAUUCUGAGGAGGAGGGCUUUUUCCUGGGUCAACCCAUUCCUCAGCCUAGGCCCCAUAGACACUACUACACUGAUGACUUGCCCAGCCCUGUGGUAGGCAUGUCUUCCUCUCCUUAUGGCCAAUGGACUAAGUCCAAAAAGAAAAAGGGACACAAGGGGAAAAACUGUAUACUUUCAUAGGCUUUCACUCACUUAUCCUCAGCUUUGGAUAGUGCUCUGACAUAAACCUGUCACUGCUUGCUAAUAAAUGCUUCAGAGUCAAUUUACCCAGGUGUUUGUGUAAGACACAUGUCCUCAUACAAAUUUUUCAUAGGUGUUCGCUUCUGUAGCAUUACAACCUGCAAGUAAGAAAGUAUUUGAGAGUAAUGUAUAUUUAUAAAGCACCAUCUGAACUGUAACAGUGCAGAUAUGAAUGUAUAUAUUGUAGAAUAAAAAAACCUGAAAUGGCUAUUUUUUAUACCCUUACGUUAAUGGCAUGCUCUGUACCAAAAUGCCUUAAACAUUUAAUUAUUGCUAAAUGGUACAGAGACCUUUUCCAUGAGGGUAUCAGAAAUGUAAUGACGAAUUGACUCUGACCCAAGCUCUUCAAAUGUGUUUUCUUUCAGGCUUGUGCACUGCGAACAUAUUAAAAGAAACACUGAGUGUAUUAAAAGGCCUGGCUGAGUGGUGUAUUUAUGGUUCACUAUAUCAUAAGCAAAUCAUUGUAAUCUGUAUAAAUGUACAAACUGGAAUAUAAGGCUAAGAUAGAUGAUAAUUGUAAUAAAAAUAUCUAUAUAUCUUG